GAAACGGCCGGAAAAGAUUUUAUGUUACCUUUCCUUUUAUAGAAGCUAUCUCUUGCGGUUAUUGUCUUCACUACACAGUUUCCCCCUGUCUGGUUCUGAGAAUUCCGAGGUCGAUGCUUCGGUGGUUGUCUUUGCGGGGAAGACAAUUCCUAGGGCAUGUUAAAAUUCUGAAUUUUGAUUGUCAAGUUUCAAGCUUUUGGAGUUUGGAAGACGGCUUGUGCAUUAACGCUUCACAUCACGUGAAAUACAACAACUGGGUCUUUCUCAUUGCCAGAAAUUGUUAACAUGCUUCACAAAUCCUUUGUGCUUUUUAUAUUGCUCUGUUUCACUGACUGCACUUGCUAUGCUUCUAUGGAGCUCGGGUCCUUAUUACAUUCAGUAGUUGGUUUGCGGAUUUUGAAUUUAGUAUGGGAUGUGUUGCUGAUAUUUACUUCCAAUAAGACUUUAUUAAAAGGAAAAGGUCUUUGAACUUAUAAUUCUUGAAUCCUGAGUCCUGAUCAUGGAAGAGCAAUUUUCUCCUGAGGGAAAAGGAAUUGGCUCUCAUUUGGAGGGAUCUACAUCAUUAGAUGAUGGAAUGAAAAAUUCAGUUUCAGAGGACAUGUUUUACAACUUCUCCGAGCUCAUGAACUUUGAUACCUAUGCUGGUUGGUGUAAUAGUCCAUCCAUGACUGAUCAUAGCUUGGCUAAUGGACUUUCAUCAUUUGCCUCAAUACCAUAUCCACCACCGGAUGGGUUGAAUUUAGUGGUGGAACAAAGCAAUGGUCCAUUCUUUAUGACAGAAGUUAAUGGGAAUUACAAUGCUAUGGAAAGUUCCCUCAGUUAUGCAGAGAAAGUUAUAUAUCAGCAAAUGGACACCCAACUUGGGUUCUCAGAUGAUGCAAAUGAUGCAUCUGGUUGGUCACUUGAUGAGAGAAUGCUGAGGGCUUUGUCAUUCUUCAAGGAAUCAGCUGGUGGGGGAAUAUUGGCACAAGUUUGGGUUCCCAUGAAGCAUGGUGAUGAAUUCAUCUUAAGCACAAGUGAACAACCUUAUUUGCUAGACCAAAAGCUUGCAGGGUAUCGCGAAGUGUCAAGGACAUUUACAUUUUCUGCAGAAGAAAAACCAGGAUCUUUUGCAGGGCUUCCUGGUCGCGUGUUUAUCUCCCAUGUUCCUGAAUGGACCUCCAAUGUUGGUUACUACAAUAAAACUGAGUACGUGAGGUUGGACCAUGCAAUUAAUCAUGAGGUUCGUGGAUCAAUUGCUCUUCCCAUAUCUGAUCUGCACUCUGAAGUUCCAUGCUGUGCUGUACUGGAACUUGUCACUACAAAGGAAAAGCCUAAUUUUGACAGAGAAUUAGAAAUUGUAUCUCAUGCUCUCCAGCUUGUAAACUUAAGGACUACUAUGCCUCCACGACUUCUUCCCCAGUAUCUAUCAAAUAACAAAAGAGCUGCUUUAACAGAGAUAGUUGAUGUGUUACGAGCUGUGUGCCAUGCACAUAGAUUGCCGCUGGCAUUGACAUGGAUUCCCUGUUGUUACAGUGAGGGAAUAGGAGAUGAAACUGACAGAAUACGAAUUAAAGAAGGUCGUACAAGUUCUAAUGAAAAAUGCGUACUAUGCAUUGAAGAAUCAGCUUGCUAUAUAAAUGAUAGAGUGGUAGGAGGAUUUGUUCAUGCAUGCGUUGAACAUCAUCUUGAGGAAGGGCAAGGUAUAGCUGGGAAAGCUCUUCAAUCAAAUCAUCCAUUCUUCUAUCCCGAUGUGAAGGCUUAUGAUAUUAAUGAAUAUCCCCUUGUUCAUCAUGCACGCAAAUAUAAUUUGAAUGCUGCAGUUGCAAUUAGGCUGAGGAGUACAUAUACUAAUGAUGAUGAUUACAUAUUAGAAUUCUUUCUACCUGUCAAUAUGAGAGGGAGUUCAGAACAGCAACUUUUAUUAGACAAUCUCUCAGGUACUAUGCAGAGAAUUUGUAGGAGUUUGAGGACAGUUUCAGAUGCUGAAUUAUCAGGAAUAGAAGGCUCUCAAGCUGGGCUUCAAAAGGGAAAAGUCCCAGGGUUUUUUUCUCUGUCCAGGAGAAACUCUCAGAUAUUAUUAGUGAACGGUGACAAUGAUUCAGUCCAAAAGAUGUCCUUGAUGGCAUCUAACCCGAGAAAUAAAGGAAUUGAAGCUGCUCAGAACCAGGCGAUGAAUGGAUCAAAAAAGCAGGUCGACAAAAAGAGAAGUACUGUGGAAAAGAAUGUUAGCUUGAGUGUUCUUCGACAAUACUUUUCUGGUAGUCUGAAGGAUGCUGCAAAAAGCAUUGGUGUUUGCCCAACAACUCUAAAAAGGAUAUGCAGGCAACAUGGAAUAUCAAGAUGGCCAUCCCGCAAGAUUAAUAAAGUGAAUCGUUCAUUAAAGAAAAUCCAGACUGUGCUUGAUUCUGUCCAGGGAGUGGAAGGAGGGCUGAAGUUUGAUCCUUUUACUGGGGGGUUUGUGGCAGGAGGAUCAAUUAUCCCAGAAAUUGAUACACAUAAAAAUCUUCUGUUCCCUGAGAAAAGUGCUGAAAAAGACCAUAAGCCUGUAACACGAGCAGCACUCUCAGUACCUCCAGCACCAGGUAGCACAGGUGAGAAUUCAGCUAUUAAGUUGGAGGGUGAUGAUGUGUGUUUGGUGGGAAACCAGCUUGUGCACUCAAAAAGUGUGCUUAUCUCCAAUUCCCACGAGGGAGAAUUGAAGAAAGACAAUGCUGCUUCUGUUAAUUGUCCUGAACAAACCUGUGUGGGUUCUGUUCUUGAAGAAGAGAGGGACAAAUGGGGUUUGAACAAAAGCAGUUUGGGAGUAGAAAAUUCUAGCCGUGAUAUUGUGUGUCAUAGUUCAAUCUCCUUGAUUGCUGAUGAGAUGGAAAUGGGUGUGGAUGGGGGACAUGUAGCUGAAGAACAUAACUGCCCUACUUCUUCAAGCAUGACAAACUCAUCCAAUAGCUCUGGAUCAAUGAUGGAUGGCAGUUCCUCAGGCUCUCAGAGCUUUGAGAAGCAUAAGCAUUCGAAAGCCAUAUCAACUUGUGUUGAUAGUGGGUCAAAAUUUAUUGUCAAAGCUACUUAUAAAGGAGAUACUAUUCGUUUUAAGUUUGAUCCAUCGGCAGGUUGUUUCCAGCUAUAUGAAGAAGUUGGAACAAGGUUCAAAUUACAAAAUGGGUCAUUCCAACUCAAAUAUCUAGAUGAUGAAGAGGAAUGGGUGAUGUUGGUGAAUGACUCAGAUUUGCAAGAAUGCAUAGAAAUAUUGGAUGAUAUUGGCACACACACUGUGAAGUUUCUCGUUCGUGAUAUGCCUAGCGUUUUAAGCAGCCGUGGCAGUAACAGUUGCUUCUUGGCAGACAACAGCUCAUAGUAUAUGAGAUGAUGCAUGGCUUCAAUGCAACAAUUGAAGUCUUGCUUUUACAAUGUUUUAAUGAUUAAUGAUAUUCUCAUGUGGGUCCUGCAUCCCACUGGAUUCUUAAACCAUGCUGGUUGGUUGGAGGAGUUUGCAUUUUUAGCCACCACAUGCAAAACUUCAUUUCUAUUGAAGAUCUUGCAGGUGUCAUUUGUGGCAUACGGGUCAAAUAUUUCUCGUAGUUCAAUUUUCAAAGAAGAAACUUAGAAUUUUGGCCAUGCUUGUUCCGGGUGGCUAUUUUUGGAAGAUAGAAAGAUAAACUCAUGGAAGCACUAGCAGUAGCAUGUUACAUAUAGAGUUCUCUAUAUGGUAGAUUAAAAGCAGCAUAGAGGUUUAUAGCUUUAGACAGGACUGAUGUAAAUAGCUAAGGGUGCUUUAAUCUCAGUUUGUAUAGAUUUCCCUUUAGAAAAUAUGAU